AAAAAAUUUCUAGCAGGCGGCGUUAGUGUCUUCACAGCCCCCCAGUUCCAGUGUUUACAAAAUUUUCAGUGCUUAUGGUGCUCGAUCGUGGUGGAAAAAUUGAGUUUUUCAGGCACAAAUGGAGCUCUUCCAGACAACCAAACACUAUAUUUUCGUGAAAAAGGACCGCAGUCUCUGGUGGAAUCGUGUCACGGGAGAAUUCCGGGCGGAAAAUGGGUGUGAUUUAUCUUGUGUGGACGAUAUUGAAUGUCUGGGGCUCACGGCAGGAAUUGUCGGGGCUCUUGAGCUCCCUGGAGUCUAUGAGCCACACCUAAUGGUGAUCAGGGAAGCUAUUCCAGUAGGUGUCAUCUAUCCACCCAACAUUGUCUACAAGAUAAAGUCUGUGCUUGUGCUCAAUGCUGAAGAGCCAGAAAGUAUCCUAUCGCCCUGCCCAAGGCAUAGCACUGUGAAGAGUGAGGUUCCCCGGUCGAAUGUACUGCUAGAGAGCUCUCAGCUGAUGAAUAAGACCUGGGGAGCAGUUAAGAGUGCCAGUAGUACUAUAAAGAGCUCAACUCAGCAUGCCGCCCUUCUUGCCUCCACCCAAGUUAAGUCCUCAGUUGGCAUCAGAGAUGCUGGACGGAUUGAGAAGAAAGUCACAGAAGAGCUCCACAGGAUGUUUGACGAUACCGACAGUUUCUACUUCUGCACCGAAGCUGAUAUCACACAGAGUCUCCAGCGACGAGGGAGUGAGAAGGAGGACGAUAGGUUCUUCUGGAACAAACACAUGCUCUCUGACAUUCUCAAGCUUACAGAUAAGUCUUGGGCCUUGCCAAUAAUCCAGGGUUUUGUACAAGUGGAGCACUGUGUGAUGGAAAAAGAGUGCUUUACUCUAGCACUAAUCUCCAGGAGAUCACGCUUCAGGGCUGGAACGAGGUACAAACGCCGUGGCGUUGAUGAAAAUGGAAAUUGUGCGAAUUAUGUAGAAACGGAGCAAAUUCUCUCCUUCGGAUCUCAUCAGAUGUCCUUCAUCCAAAUUCGGGGUUCUGUUCCCAUCUACUGGACACAGCCUGGGUUCAAGUAUCGUCCUCCGCCAAGAAUCAAUAGAGAUGCUGCUGAAACACAAAUUGCAUUUGAGAAGCACUUUACUCGAGAAUUGGAGAUUUAUCGGUCCAUUUGUAUAAUUAAUCUCAUCGAUCAGGCGGGAAAGGAGAAGAUUAUUGGGGAUGCUUAUGCACGACAUACCAUGAAGUACAACAAUGAGAAUAUAACAUAUGUUGUAUUUGAUUUUCACAAUUUCUGUCGUGGCAUGCGAUAUGAGAAUGUGACAAUUCUCACAGAUUCACUGAUGAAUGAGAUUAAUUCUAUGGGAUUCCACUGGCGCGAUGCCAAAGGAACUAUUUGUGAUCAAAAAGCAAUAUUUCGUGUCAAUUGUAUGGAUUGUCUCGAUCGUACGAAUGUUGUGCAGACGGCUCUUGCCAAGGUAGCACUGGAGGCUCAAUUGAUUAAAUUGGGAAUUGUUUCUCCAUGCACCACACUUCCGGAUCGUCUGAGGGAGUCAUUUAUGGUGUUGUGGGCUAACAAUGGGGAUAUUGUUAGUCGACAGUAUGCGGGUACAAAGGCCCUUAAGGGGGAUUUUACGCGGACGGGAGAGAGGAAUUUUGCUGGAAUUAUGAGGGAUGGGAUGAAUUCGGCCAAUAGGUACUAUCUGGCUCAAUUCCGGGAUACCUAUCGUCAAGCUACCAUUGACCUGAUGCAGGGCAAUCAGAUAUCUGACGAACUACUAACAGCUCUGGGUGGUCAGCAGGGAAUUGAUGAGAAUGAUGCAAUUGAGGCGGCAGAACAUGCUAGAUUGCUCGUUGAGGACUGUCGUUUGCUGAUGCUUGGAGCUUCUCAAUGUCCCAUUGGAGCAUGGGGAUUAAUUAAUGCUGAUCCUCGUACUGGAGAUCCCAGUGAAACGGAACUGGACACAAUUCUCCUUCUGGCAGAUGAUUGUUUUAUGGUAGCUGAAUAUGAUGCGCAUCUGGAUAAGAUUGCUCAUUUUGACAGAGUAGGCCUGGGUGAGAUAGAGAUGAUUGAGUGUGGGAUGUUGCAGCAAACGAAGCUCUUUCAGGGGAGUGUUGCAGCUCAUCCAUGCAUUCGGAUAAGUUGUCUGAAGAAUGCAAAAAAGGAUUGCUUCAUGUUUCGUUCCUCCAAUAUCCGAUUCUUCAAUAAUACCGCCAGCAUUAUCAAGACGAAUGAAGAGAUGACAGAAUCACUAAAUGCCAUUGUGGAGUUUUUCCGGAUUGCUCUGGAGAGUUGUGGGCGAUCUGAUGUGCCAUUCCUCUGUGGAGGUGUUCUGCAGAGGCGCAAAAGUCGUUCAACAGUCUUGGAUGUUCCUAGGGGAGUUCCGAGGAAUCUCAGUGAAUCGCAACUUGUACAGUUUGGCUCCAAAGCACUGAGUAAUGUGGCUGGACAGUUUUCAAAACUCGGUCAGACUCUCAAUUCGACAAAGGGAAAGAGCAAGAGUGCAAAAAGUUCCGCGGUUUUCCACACAACAGCCAAAGGAGAUGCCAAGGAGAAAUGUCGCAUCCAAGGUGGAGAAACAAGUUCAGAGUCAGAUGAAAAUGACUGUAGCAUCUAUGAGCCCAAUGCCAGUGAAUUUGUCCAGACAAAUCCACUCUAUUCGGAAAAUGUUUUUCUGCCAAGUGUUGGGAUUGUAAUGUCAGAGCCGACGAAUAUUGAACAAGCUGCAGAAUGCGUGGAAACAGGAAAAGAGAUCCCAACUAUAAAUGUGAAUGCAUCCAAAGAUGAUUCAACGAGUGAAGGACAAACUCCAUCCAGUGAUAAACCAAAUGCAAUGAAAUUGAGCCAAAGUUCCAGUGAAAUUGGUGCUGGGGCAGUUGAAGGUCUCCCAAAGUCCCAAAAAGAUCUCUCUCUCAAUCUGAGUGGAUCGCACAGUGAGACGACACUAAAGCAAUUGAAGACACUCACGAGUCCACUUUCAAAGUUGGCAAAGGGAAUGCAGAAUCUUGGUAUGGCUUUCGAUCCGCGCAAAAAAAUUAACAAGAAUGAUUUGCAAGAUAUUCCAUCAGAAUAUGCAAAGAAUUUGCAGAAGGAGUGGGAGAGUAGCAGUUGCAAAAGUAAAUUAAUAGCUUUAUAGAUUUGUGAAUAGAUGAGAAUUAGCAUAUUUUAAAGGUAGUUAAAGGAAAGUGAAGAAAGCAAAAUUUUGCAAGUUAAAUGAAAAUUGUAGCACAAAGCUGAACAACGUAACACACGCUAAAUAGUGAUUAAAACAAAUCAAUGCAUAUUGAACAAGAAUUCCUUAUGAAAUUAUAGUUGAAAUUUUUUGGCGUAGACGUGCGCUAGAUGAAUCAUAUUGAUAUAUAUACCUUUUAGAACAAAAAAAAAAUGAAAUGAAAUGUGGUAAUUCGUUCAAUUAUCUUACAUAGUUGGAGAUAGUCAGAAGAAUUAUACAUAUUUGGAGCAAUUUAUUGACUGAUUAUCAGUGAAUAGUGUAUAGAGAUAAAAACCAGUGUUUAAUCACGAUUUUUGAAGUUUUCGACGGUAUUAAUGAGGACCAAAGAUUAUGCAUAUAUAAAAGGGUUCUUAAACUUUUAUCGGUAUAUUUAGCGUAUAUGUGCAUUUACUUGUAUCAGGUUUAUUGAAAAGAAUGUAGGAUUAGACAGGAAAAGACAUCAAAUGAAAUGAAUGAAAAAAAAUGUGAGAAUCAGUAUUUUGGAUUCGAUUGUGAAAACCAAUCAUGAUAAUUGAUAAUUUAUUUCCAUACCAUUUUUGUUCUAUUGAAUAUCUUUAUCUCUAAUUAAUAUCAAUUGCCGUAUAUUAUUCUAAUGAAAAAUUAUGGGAAAAAAUGUUUAUCAUGAAUAUUUAACUAAAAUAGUCGCUUCAUGCUACUUCAGUAAUUUAUUUUCCAACCACAAAUGAAUUUUUAAAACCCUUUCUCUCAAUGAUAAAUGAAUAUACGGUAAUGGAAUAUUAGGCGUAUUCACUGUAAAUACUUGAGUAAUUGAGUAGAUUUUCUUUAUAAGGCUGUGUAUUAACAAGCUUAAAACAGCUUAAAUAAAUUAAAUAUAUCGAGGUUAAAUUUUUAUAUUAUUUAGUCCCUAAAGAAUUCGAUGAAAUAUAAAUUCGGUUGAAAAAAAAACUGCAAAUUCGAAAACAAUUGGAUGCCAACCCAGCGAGCACAGUUAGCUAAAAAAAGCAGCGUUUUUAGCAUAUUUUUACUGAAUCGAUCGAACACAAAGUGCUAACGAAAUAAAUCGAAAUGGGACUACCUAGCAAGUGUCGUUUUAAGGUUAGCAGAAAUUAGCUGAAAAUACAUAUGUUUUCAGUUGAAUUGAAAUCAUUUAGCAUUUGGUGCUCGCUGGGAAGUGAGGUUAUGUCCGACAUUGUAAAAGUGUUAAAAAUAGUCAAGAUCCCUAAAUUUAUUUCCCAAUACAAAAUUAUUUCCUGAUAUAUAUUUUUAUUAAGGAAGAAUAAUGAUAAAGAGAAACACCCUAACAUUUCCUUUUUUAAUUGUUAUUAUGAAAACAUAACCUAGAAAGAUUGUAAUUUUGAGGGAAAAUAAUGAGAAGUUUCCAAAAAUUCUCUUGAAAUUAUAUUAAAUUAUUCUUUUUAAGCAUUAUACUUCUACGAUAAAUCAAAAUCAGAGUGAGAAAUUUAUUAGUUUUGAGCUUUAUUUACUGAAUAUUCUAAGUUAUGUUUUUAUCAAUAAUGAGCUUGAUUCUUUUAUUUGGAAAAAUAUUUAUUUAUAACUUUAGCUAUCUCAAAUUUGAUUCUUUUAAAUUAAGAAAAAAAACUAAUCGAAUUUUAUGUCGCAGUUAAAUUGAUCAAAACGGUUUUGAUUGAGAACUUUGUACAUGGAAAAACUUUGAUUUUUAGGGUUAUGUUUAAAAUAACCUAAAUGUUUUCGAAUUAACCUACAUAUUUGGUAUUAGAAUGAGGACAUACCACACCUCAACCUUACCACUUGUCUACUUUAAAAAAAUCUUUUAUUCGAGGAUAUUAGAGUAAUAUUGAUUGUAAAUUUUUGUGAAAAUAUGUUUGUUGUAUCCAAUAGACAAAACAAAUUAAUCCUUACAGCACAUUAACAUAAAACUUUUGUAAUAACUAGAAGUAUUUUAUUUAACAUGACCGUGUACUAGGUAUUUUUGAUGGUUUAUAACUUUCACGAAUAUGACAGGUUCUAGAAAUUUUUACCCAUUUAAAGACCAUUUCUUUAGGGGAGACUGGGGCAAAAAGUCACAAAACGGAUAUUUUAUUUUUUUACAAGCUACUCGAGCGCUUCAAAAAUUUCUAAUAAGCGCAGUUUUAUAGGAAAUUUACCGCUCUACAACUUUGUGAAAGUAAUAUCUCUCUGUUUUGUAAGGAAAUACGUUUAUCGAGCCAAUUUCUAAAAGGCAAUUUUGUGACUAUUCCCAAAAAUGCUGGGGCAAAUAGUACCAGACAUGGGGUAUUAUCAUAUUUUGAUUCGCUUCAUUACGAGCUUCCGUAAAUUUGAAAAAAUACCUAGAGGACAUAUUUUCAUAGAAAAUUUAUUCAUCUACACCUUUGUAAAACACCGUUUUCUCUGCGAGAAAAGUGAGAAAAUGAGAAAAGCGCUUUUCAAGCUAUUUUAGAAAAACAAAAACACAAAAGACUGCACAUCGUUUGACCAAUGCAAACGACAACCGACGAGACAUGGUGAUGAUGUUUCUUUUCAUCGUGAGACAUCAGAAAUUGCUUCACUUUUUUGUUACUUUUUGCUCUAUACCUUUUGUUACUUUUUACCCCAAUUGGCCAUUUUUAAUAAAAGGAUUUCUGGAGAAAAAAACUUUUGUGAAAUUCUAAAAUAGAUAGCAGAUUCGUAUUCAAAGAAUACAAAUUAUUUAGAAAAUCUUCACCAGUGCAUCAAUUCUGGAAAAUAAGUAGGUAAUAAUUAUUAUUUUCUUCAAGGAAAAUAUUUCAAAAAUAGGGCUAAAAAUUUCGAUAUUUUUUAUUUUCUAAAUUCCUUGUUCGAAUUGUAAAAAACUUAAGACAUUGAAGAAGGUCUAUGGAGGCUAUCUAUAGAAAAAAAUUGAGUCGCUAUCUUUUUUACCUUGGAAGAUAUUGAAUUUUGAAUUUUUCGAUUUGUGACUUUUUGCCCCAGUCUCCCCUACUCUUAAUUAGAAUUUAAAGCAGGUUGAAAGAACUGGUGUUACCACCAAAUAUAUAAAAAAAUAGAGUAAAUUGUUUUGCCUAGAUUACGAGAAACAAAUCAAUUAUCGACAGAAUAAUAAGAAUUUUCAAAAAUGAUUCAACCUAGCUCAUCAAAAAAUACAGAAAAAUGUUAUAUUGAAAGUUUCAAUAAUAAUGGAUUUUGAAGUAAAAAAACACGGUCGCAGAAAAAACAAUUCAUUUGCCUUAGUAAAAUUUUCUCAAAUGUCUCCUAUAUUAAAGAUUUAGUAAUUUUUUUUAAUAAUUUUGAUAUUAAUGACAGUUUUCUUUUUAUUUUGUUAAAAGUUGUAUGUUAAUGUGGUUAGAAAAGGAAUCCAUAUUAGUAUAAUUUUCGUGGAAAAUGUAUUAAAAAUUUUUCAAGAACUCAAGCGAGCGAAAGAAUGAAUACUCCUAAUAAACUAAAGAAAACAAA